UCGCACACCUAGACGCUGCAGCUUCAAAGACAUAAGACAUGCAGAGGAGGAUCGACCGAUCCCUUCCACAAUAAUCCCCGACAAUCGGAGAGCCGCGGCUACGGACAAUGAUAUUGGGUCUCUGGUGGGCGUGGGGAAGCUCGAUCGCGAAGCUCUCGUCGACAUGGAUCGGCUCCUGAACGCAGAUGGCGCAGAUACACUCACUCAAGUGAAGCCGGGCUUCAACUACGAAUUUCUAAUCUUUCUGAUCGUUUCCGCAAUCCUCGCCAUAUUCUUCUUGCUGUACUUUAACCGACUGUUCGGCUCUGUCGUGUCUUAUGUGAUUCGGACUUGGACAUGGCAUCGAUACCACAUAUAUCUCGACAUAAAGGCGCUUCAAGUAUCUCUUUUGGCUGGUCGAAUAUUCUUUAUGGGUUUGCGAUACCACGGCGCGAACGAAACGUUUUGUAUUCAACAUGGAGAUAUUACCUGGAGAUAUUGGCUGCGUCGUGUUAGAGAGGCUGACAUUUUCGCGUCGGAUGGAGAAGGGGAGAUACGGGAAUCAGAAAGACAGAAGAAUGCAGCGUUGCCAUGUCGGAUAAACGUAAACCUUGUUGGUGUGGAGUGGUUUGUCUAUAACCGCAGUCCAGCAUAUGAUUCGGUCCUUGCCGGUAUCAUCGAUCCAACUUCCUCUAGCUCAAGCUCGAGCGUUGGGGGGACGGAUGAGAAAGGAGAUACAGGAUUACGACCGCGGAAGACGAAUCAAGAAGGUUUAUCCGAACGAGACCGAGAUUAUACACCCCCCGAAAAGAGCAAUAGGGCAUUGAAUGGAAACGGGAACCCUGAAAUAGGAAGUCGGCCCAGCACUGGAUAUAAAAGCAAGAGUAGCGAUGAGGGCCCAGACCACGAAAGUUCAGAGCUACCUUUUAUUCUCAAACUAUUUCCCAUCCAGAUCGAAUGCCAGAAAGCUGCGGCAGUGUUUGGAAAUGAAAACACCAAAGCAGUCCUAAUCGUGAAAGCCGACUCUCUUUUCGGAGAUGUUGAUGCUUUAGAGACAAAAACUGUGGAUCAAUACAGGCAGGUAAUCAAGGUUGAACUGGAGCAUCCCGUGGUGGAAAUGCUGGAUAACCCGGACUAUAAAGAAGACCAGGCCGCACGAGCUAAACGGGAGCGAGAGAACGUUCCCCAAGAACCACAGCAAGUUCCAAGGAAGUCAUAUUUCCGCCAACAUAGACGCAAAGCGCUGAGCUCCUUGCGAAACUUGGUGCCCUAUUGGCGAAGAUCUGUCGAGUCGUUUUCAAGUGACGCUCGGGCUGGAGGGGGUGCUGUGCCAGCCCAAGUUCCUGGGGCCGUCCAAUGGCAAGGCUUGUCACGGUAUCUCGAUGAUCAGGACAUAGAUGAUAAAACUCGCUGGUCCUCUGUUGAGUAUGCCGCAGUAUCAACCGUCCUCGAUAGCCCAGCCUGUCAACUGACUGUAUACUGGGAUGCUGUCAGCAAGGUAACCAAUGAUGCUCAUCGCCAGAGACAAAUGAACCCAUCUUUAAAUAUCAAUGGGGCAGAGCCACCGGCCUGGGGAGUACAUUUAUCGGUGAAAGGAGGGACCAUGAACUACGGGCCAUGGGCCGAUCGGCAAAGGGCUGAUUUGCAACGUGUUUUUGUGCCUUCGCUCUCCAAGGAUGGCACCGCCACCGGACCGCUUCCAGCUGGAGCAUGGAGAGUGGCUACACAGUUUGACUUGCUGGUAGAACUGGACGAUACAGUUACGCUUCGCAUUCCCAUAAGGGAAGAGUCUAAAAACUGGCGUUGGCGUGGUAAAGAGCCGCCACUAGUCAAGCAAGAAACGACUCGCAACGCACGCAAGCAUUGGAAUAGGGGCAAGAAAAAUUCAAAAAGCGAAGCGGUCCAGCUUCGCCCUUCCGGUUGGCUUGAAUUCAAGCUUCCUCAAAACUCGACUAUAAGAUAUUUCAUGGACAUGGUGGCCAGUUCAUCUGGCUAUAAAAACAAGCUAGCGGUUCACUUGCCCAGCACUGAGCUGCGGAGCAGCAUCAAUCAUGAUGUACUCUGGCGGUCUGGUCCCCAGCAGAUUUCCUGCGAUCUUUCAAACCCCCUCUCAUGGAAUACGCUGCGCAACUGGAAUUUUAACAUAGCAUGUGAUGGAAUGGAUAUGUAUCUCCUGAGGGAUCAUAUCUUUUUGAUCGUUGACUUGGUUGACGACUGGUCAGCAGGCCCCCCUGCCGAGUAUCUUGUGUUCACGCCCUUUUUAUACCAUCUUCAUCUCAGUUUGCGAAAUGUGAAAAUCUAUCUCAACGUUAACGAUGAGAACAUUAUCGAUAAGCCAACUGACAUGGACGAAAACACGUUUCUUAUUCUCUCUAGUCCCGAAUUGAAAGCCGAAACCUGUAUACCUCUUGAUAAUUUCCGACCAAGCAGGAACAGUAUUCCUUUCGACAUACGGACUGAAACCCUUGACUUGGCACUGCACGCUUCUGAGUCAAAUACGCAGGCGACGUUCCUGAAAUCCAAAGAAUUAGGACACAUUGAAGGCCUAGCAGUCGUUGGAAGUUAUCAGUAUAAUGCAACAACCUCCCCCGCUAAUACAGAUACUCUCGAGUUGAAUAUCCAUGCUCAGUCACCCUCCGUUUACCUCUACGGCUUCGUGGUUCGAUACUUUAUGCUACUUAAAGACAACUAUUUUGGCGAGUAUGUACAUUUCAGAACCCAGGAGGAAUAUCAGGAGCAAUUACAAGCGAAGGCGCAAAAUCCAGAUGCUGAGCCGGCUAUUCGCCCCCCAAACAAGAAAUCCAAUGAUCUUGACGUGAUAUUGGCCAUCAAAUUGGACGACCCUCGCCUCUUGAUUCCUACAAAUAUUUACUCCUCGAAGUGCUAUAUCCAGGGUGAAUUGGCCUCUUUAUCACUGGACUUGCGUUUUACAAAUUACUAUAUGGAUAUGGAACUUGAUUUAAGUCCAUUAUCACUGUCUUUGGGCAGCUCAGAGAGCAAUUUGGAUUCUCCCAGUGUGUCAACUGCUGAUACUCAACUAUUUGUCGAUGGCGUCCGAGUAUUUGGCCACCGCACAUUUGGCUUACCUCCCUCAGAGCCAACAUACCUUUGUAACUGGGAUGUUUCAGUUGGUGCAGUCGCUGGAGAGUGCACAACUGAUUUCGUAGCCGCUUUGACCAAAGCAGGACCGGCAUUUGGGUUUACAUUUGAUGAUGUGGAAAACGCCGUGGUGCCAUAUUCUUCGUUAAUUUUUUACGACGUGACGUUCGUUCGGGUUGCUGUUCAGUCAGUUCGUCUUUGGAUACAUGUGGAAGAAAGCGUUUUCUGCUUUUCUACCGACGCCAUCGACAUCAACAGCAAUGACUGGGCUCGCUCGCACUAUUCAAAGCGAGCCAACAUACUGAUACCAAACCUCCAGCUAUCAUGCAUAAAUGCAGACUCAGCCGCGAGACACAAGUCACGCCCACAGCAUCCGGUUGAAACUCAGGCAUAUCUAAAAACAGAUAUUCGACUUGCAUCCAUUGGAAGGAAAUUUCAUUUCUCCGAAGAACGCAAAAUUCAGCAAGACCUAAUCUAUCGCGAGGAUCAACGAACAGACAGGACGCCGUUCCUUCUCCUCCCUGGUACAGGCGGCGAUUUAGUUCCCGAACAAGUUGACCCUCCCGCGCAGUGCAUGCCCCCUCCUCCCCCUCCUCUUGCCGAUAUUGAGUACGAUAAGGCCUCAGUGAGCACCCGCUCUCGGAGAGUGACCCGCCAAAGGUCGUUUCUUUCCUUCGUUAGCUCUUCGAGCGAUAGCAGUAUCGGUUUCCGUAACGGUCGCCGCGACAUACAAAGGACAUCACACUUUGGAGGCAGCUUGUCAAUAAGGUCUGCUGCCAUGAUGGGCUCUCGCUCUGACAUGGACAGGUUGGAGGCUGCUUCCCCUGGUAGACGGCCUUCUUUCUACAGCACUGUUGGCGACUUUUCAACAAAAGAGAACGCCGAACAAUCUCAAAUUGCCUUCUCGAGCCAAUAUUUCAACCCAAAUUUUCCUUUGGAAGGAGUCAGGCCCGAUACCAGAGAUGCAACCUUUCCGCCUAUCGACGAAGAAGAUUUCGAGUUUUUUAACCGACUGAAGCUGGAUUUGACCGAUAUCGACCCCAUUGAUCUCAGUCAAGACCACGCCCAGUCAAGUACGAUUAUUGAGUUCCCGUCUGGAAUAAGCGCAUUUGUCACUCCUGAAGCUAUCCGCCAUGUAACUAUCUUAGUGGCGGCGUUACAACCGACUGAACCUGAAGAUGUGCUAGACUCUCUCCAGUCUAGUACUAUUACGGACAUCUUCAAAUCUCGAAAAGAAGCACGGAUUGAAGGAGAAAUGCUUGACUUUAUGGUCAAAUUACCUAGAAUCAACCUCCGGUUUCUCAAUUCGUCGACACUAGAUUCGCCAGAUCCAUCUGAAGAAGAGCUGGAUCAAUAUGACCUAACAAUAUCCAAGGUCUCCGUUGUGACGCGAACUACAAAAGAACAAGGCGUUACUAACUCUAGAACUUCUCUAGACUUACGUCUAGGCUCUAUUGAGGUAUCAGCCUCGGAGCGCCUUUCGUCUGUGCAGAAGCCACAAGCAGCUGUAGUAGUCCACAUCGAUGGGGUGAGGGUCUCCCUAGGAGCUAAAGAAAUCACAUACUUCGAUGCCGACAUUGGCUCAGUCGAGGGAAGAACUGCGUCAGGCAAGAUCGAGUAUUUGGCCUCUUUGAUUCAUCGUACAGGCAAUGUUGCUACUGAGCUGGAGCGGCUCUUGACAGAGGUCAAUCAGCGCCAUUCUACGCGCGUUAGAUACUUUGUACUACGCCUGUUGCAGCUAGGAGAGGCAACCAAUGAUCCUCCAUUCCUUAUACGACCUUCGGCUGUUCUUAGAUCUGCAAAUCAACAUUUGAGAACAGUAGAUUCUUGGAAAAUGAUCAUACGACUUCGUCAAAUCUGGGAUACGAAAAAUGAGUUAGAGAAAUCUCGUUUAAUCCAAGAAUGUUGGGGUGAAUCGCCCACUCUUCCACCUGAUGCAGUUCAACGCGUGGUGAAUUCCUUUGAGAAGUGGAGAAACUGGGAUUUGGAAAACGUUUCACACGCUCUCCUCCUGAAGAAAAUAUUUGGUGAUAUAGGAGCUGAUGACCAAGAGGACGAAGAAGUAUACCCUCUCUUAGGUGCUUGUAAGCUUGGCAGCAUUUGCCUCAUACUCGAUCCGGGCCCAAAGCAAAACAGAAUUGGUCUUGUCGAACUCAGUGCAAGGGUCGAAAGAAAACUGGGGGAUCCUACUACCGCUGUCUUGGGGACAAUACCUGUGGUUGUUUUGAAUAUAUGCUGUGGCGAUGCUCUAAUCAAUUUGAACUGGGAACUUUGUGUUCUUGCCGAUGAUGUUUUGCGGUUAUACAACAGAAGCCAGAGUCGGGCCCCCCCACCCUUUCAGAAACCAGUUCUGGAGGCCAUGAGGCCGCAAAAGAAGCCAUUAGCAGCUUAUCAUCUUGCUCUUGAGCUCAUCAAGGGUUCUAUUGAACUCGAAACGGUCAACUUAAGCGCGAAGACUCUGGGUGACGGGCUUAAAGCUUCCUUGCUCACUUUUAAUACGAGUGAUGGCGCAACCCUUACGAGCUUGAUGAUAAAUGGUGAAGCUGUCACUUCCAUGUUACAUAGCCAUUCACAUCCCCUCGGCGUUUCCCAGUUUCGAAGACCAAGUUUAUGCGUUUCUCAUGAACUAAAGACAGUCGAUGAGGUGCCGGCGCACAAAGUCAAAGCGACGGCCAGCAGCCAAGGCCUAACAUUUACCGUGAAGCAAGACCCUAUUGGUCUCAUGGAAGUUCUUGAUCUACUCUUUAGAGACGAGAUUGCUCAGCUCUAUCGUUUGAAAACACAGCUUCCUGAUUUGUCAAAGGCUGAAUCUCAGACUGAAACGGCUAAUCGCCCGUCAAACUUCAGGAUUAAUAUUGCCACUUUCAUAGAUGCUUACGAAAUUAGGCUUCCCUUGAUACCAGCUCUCACAUAUCAAAUCUCUGGUGUUGUCGCGCGGGCGGCAUGUGCGGCAGACUCUUCCAAAGAAAUCAUUUUUGACUUUGACAUUAAAGAAAACUCCCAUGAGAUGCAAAUAAACGUCAAAAAUGAAUCUCGUACCAUCUCUCUUUUACAAAUACCACCUACAAAUGGACGCAUCACAAUGAGCCAAGGACAGAAGGCAGAGAGUAUACUGAACGUGCUCUGCUCAGUUGAAGUCAUGCGUUUGGAUGCAUCGGCUAUAUAUAAUCUCCUCACGGCACUCAAUCGACCACAGAUCUCUACUGCCAUCGAAGAGAUACAACUACAAUCCAAAGCCAUCCAAGAACAUAUUGAAGAUAUCUUUGGGACUAGCGAGACGAAAGAAAGUCAAAAUCCCAGCUCGAAUAUGGUAUACGCCGUUCAUCUUACUUUGGAAGGACUACAAAUUGCAUCGAAGACGGCGUUGAAGUCCGAAGCUGGAUCAAUGGCGCACGUACUCUUUUUUAUGGAUAAAGCUUAUUUGCGAGCGUCUAACCGCCAUGAAAUACACGGCCCUAUUCUCAAAUAUCCUGAGAUGCAUUUGAAUCUCAGACAUGUUGGGUUUGAUAUCCAAAGAGGAACGGAAGAUAAUAUGAGGUCAUGUGGUAAUUUCGGCGCAAGCUUUACAAUAUCUGCCAACUCAAGUCCUGGAGAUGAUGGAAAAGACGAGUGGUCAUUCAACUUCAGGAGUGAUGAGUUUGACGUAAAUUUAUCGCCAAGGUCGACAUCCACAGCUGUUGAUGUGCUGGGUUAUCUAGGGACCAAGAUAAAGGAUUUGGACACAUCGCGAGAAUUAGAAUACCUAAGAAGGCUCAGACAAUCCAAGCCACGAAUUUCUAUCAACGAUGACGAGGUCUUACCCGAGUAUACGGACAUUCUCGAAUCUAUUUUGGGAUCAGUCGUGUAUCGGUUCGAACUGCGAAGCAUUCGUGCUUCCUGGAACGUUGCGGAUGAUAGUGGACAUCAAGCGAGCGACGAGGAGGAUCUAGUGCUAUCUAUCAGACUAAUUGAGUUCGGCACGAGGACCAAGAGAUCUGCACGAUUGGCCAUAGAAGACUUUCAACUUCAAACGGUGCCACCCGGUCAUGACAGGAAUUUGAGAUCUGUACACUCGGCGCUUCUUCCUCAGGUCAUUUUCAACAUUGCCUACUUCUCUACGGUAGACGCUCGCCGGUUGGCAUUCCAGGCUGCGGGUGAAUCCUUGGAUCUCAGAUUGACAUCAGCUUUCAUUGUCCCCGCAGCCAACUUGGUGGAAUCAAUAUCGUUGUCAGCAAAGAAUGUGCAAAAGGCAUCCGUACAAUGGAAUAACGAGGCAGCACAGAGCAAUAAGAAGCUUGAAAGCGCAUCCAAACCCAAGCCUUCACGAAGCGCCUUUGGUAACAAACGGCUUGAGAGCUUACUCAUGGAUGCCGAUUUUGCAGGCGCGGUUGUUUACGUGUCAAGCGCGAAGUCUGCUCGUGACGCUGCACGGCUUUCACGAAACGGCCGCCGACCGUCCCUGGCAGGCAAAUAUGGCCAGUUCACAACAGAUGACUCAGGAAGCGGCGCAGUUUUGCGAAGCCCUGGGCUUGCCUGGAAAGCUGAAUACCGGGACAAUGGCCGAGAUGAUCCUGCACUAUCGGGUGAAGUCAAGAUUGAUGCUUCGAGCAAUAUUCUAUACCCAUCAGUCGUUCCGCUCAUUAUGGAUAUUGUGACUAGUGUGAAGGAGGUAGUGAGUGACGAUACCGAUAGUGAAUCAGCCUCAAAGCCCGAACCGCCAAAGCUGAAACCAGAGAAGUCUGGAGAUGAGGAUAAUAUCCUUACUGCAGACCCCAGCGCGGUAUUGGGUCGUGUCAAGUUAAACUUGGGCCUACGUAUCUGCAGACAAGAAUUCUCAUUGAGUUGCCAGCCUAUAGCCCGCGUUGCCGCUACGACGAGCUUCGAAAGUGUUUACUUUACGCUCAACACAGUCUCUUCACAAGAGUACGGAAACUUUUUUGCCAUAUCUGGCGUUCUUAACAAACCACAAGCUUCGGUACAGCAUGUGUACUCAAGAGAGUCAACUGCAAGCUUCGAGGUUGAGACUGUAACACUUUCAUUUAUGAAUAGCAAGCACGUCAGCGGCACAAGCGGCGUUUCCGCUAUCCUAAGUGUAAGCCCCAUGAAAAUUUCUGUCAACGCCAAGCAGGUACAAGACUUUUUACUGUUCGAAGAAAUCUGGUAUCCUAAAGAUUUGAGAAAUGCAAGCACAACGCCAGUGCCAAAGCUAGCUACAGAAACAUCACAAGGCCAUUUGGUUCAAAGGUAUCAGCAAGUGGCGGCCACAGCAGCUUUUCCGUGGACGGCGACGAUAUCCAUCGCCGCCCUGGAUGUCAGUGUUGAUAUGGGGCAAGCGAUAGGCAAAUCCGUCUUUCAGAUUAGCAAAUUUUGGGUAUCGUCUAAGAAGACAUCUGAUUGGGAGCAGAAUCUAUGUCUCGGCUUUGAUAAGAUUGGCAUCGACUGUACCGGCCGCUUGAGUGGAUUCAUUGCUCUACGGCAUUUCAGAUUACGGACCUCAAUCCAUUGGCCGAAGCGAGAAAAAGCACUGAAUGAGACUCCUCUGAUCCAAGCGUCUAUUGCCUUUAACGAGCUACGUAUCAAGGCGGCAUUUGAUUAUCAAGCCUUCUUAAUUGCAGACAUCACCUCGUUGGAAUUCUUGAUGUACAAUGUGAGAGAGGGUAAAGAUAGCAGCGGAGACCGUCUUGUAGCAAUAUUCGAUGGUGAUGCCGUGCAAGUAUUUGGCACUGCGACAUCAGCCGCUCAGGCUGUCUCUCUUUACCAGGCUUUUACGAAGCUAAUGCAAGAGAGGCGAGAGAAUUUUGAGUCAUCGCUCAAGGAGAUUGAGAAGUUUAUGAGGCGGAAGUCUUCAGCGGCGCGCCAAUCGAUUUCAGCCGCGACGAGAACUCCCAAGCUACCGACGGAUGACACCAUGUCCAAAUCUCCAAUUUCUCUGGACACAGAUGUGGUUGUAACGCUACGUGCACUCAAUCUCGGAGUGUUCCCAAACACAUUUUCCGAUCAUCAGGUAUUCAAGAUGGAGGCCCUGAAUGCAUACGCGCGAUUUGCCGCGAGCAUCGAGCAACGACGAAUCCAUAGCAUGCUGAGGAUGACCCUGGGACAGCUUCGAAUUGGAUUGGCAGGUGUCAGGAACAUUGAAGCGCCCAAGGCACUUGGUGAGAUGUCAGUGGAAGAUGUGGUCCAGCGGUCAACGGGGUCCCGAGGUGGUACAAUUCUCAAAGUACCGAGGGUUGAAGCGGCAAUGCAGACGUGGCAGACGCCAAAUAGCAAUCAUAUUGAUUACCUGUUCAAGAGCGCCUUUGAAGGCAAGGUCGAGGUCGGAUGGAACUAUUCUCGCAUCAGCUACAUACGCGGCAUGUGGGCGAAGCACAACAAGUCGCUAGAAGAGACAUGGGGCCGACAGCUGCCCCUUACAGCAGUCAAGAUUACCGGAGUACCGGAAGCUGAAGAAGAACAGCGAGAAGGUGGCGAGCAGCAGAAGAUUACGGCCGAGGUCAAUGUGCCACAGUCCAAGUAUGAGUAUCUCGCUCUGGAGCCUCCCAUCAUUGAGACGCCACAGCUGCGAGACAUGGGCGAGGCCACGCCGCCGUUGGAAUGGAUUGGCCUGCACAGAGAAAGACUGCCGAACUUGACUCAUCAGAUUGUUAUUGUGUCGCUAUUAGAAUUGGCAGGAGAGGUGGAAGAUGCAUAUUCGCGGAUUUUGGGAUCGUCCUAGAGGCGCCGGCGUGAGUCACCCGAGGGCUGAGGAGCUUAAUAUAAGCAAAGGAGUAUGGCGUAACAAUCCUGUUUCUUUUCUUCUUUCCGUUCUUGUUUUUUCCGAUUCAAAAUUUGGCCGGCGAGUGACUAGUUGAUAUGAUAGAAUGAGGAGACUCUAUAUAUAACAAUACCGAACCAUGAUUGAAGUGAGUCAAUGGCCAACAUGUGGCCAACAUGUGGCUGAGACAGUUGACCUAUGAAGAAGCUCUAGAGAGCUCAAGCUACAGGGACUUGGCAUUGCCCAAAAUCGCCUGUGGUUAAAGUACUUGCGGUACGUACCGCGACAUGGACUGCAAGGCAGUUUAGGCGGCGUGAGCAAGCGGCCAAUCAGCGAGGCACGGCUGACAGCAUGAGCGUGAAGAUGCAGAAGCCCACUUUGCCCCUCCUUCAGAGCUCCAUUUUUGCUGCGGAUCAAUCGCAGCAAGUUUUUCUUCUUCUGGC